GGCUUGGAGGGGGGUCAAGGAGCGGCAUCCAUGUGAAUUCCGACGGCACUUCGUCAUUGACCAGAGGCACGAGAUACGUAAGCAGGUGGGUUGGUGGGAAGGUAAGGCAAGACUCCGACUUGACUCCCUGCCUACUUACCCACUCGAGUACCUACCCACCUGCCAGCAAUCUCCCGAAUCAACCGGAGAGCCACCAUCACUGGAAACAAGGAGGACGGGGGCAGUGGUGGAGGGGAUACUCAGCAAAUGGUUGGAACCUCAUCUCGUGCCAUGCUACAACUUAUAUAAAGGGCCUGCUGCCGGCGGCGGGGGGGAAGCAGAGAAGGGAGAAAUUCAAAAGCACCAUCAUAUAUUAUCUUAUACAAGUAUCUAUCACUGCCAAUUCAUAUUCAAUCAUGAGCGAAUCUGCAUCAAGACUAGAACCAAUUACUACACCACCUCCACCACCGCCUCCGGACAUGACUACUUCCUAUGAGACACCGAGCAAUAUCUUCUUCCCCCCUUACCUCCUCCAAGACGUCUUCGAGCACUUGGACCCUCUAGACCUAGUCACUUGCAAGCGCGUCUGCACGCUCUGGUACUCAAUUAUCUGGGGCCGCCGUCGCCUGCGACAAAAGCUCUUCCUUCCCCAAGCCACCGCUGAGAAAACCCCCACCAGUCACCUCGUCAACUCUCCAGACGAAGCCUAUGACCUCCACCCCGUUUUCAAUCUAAUCCAUUUCGACGCCUCGUUGGACCCUGCAUUAGCUACCUUUGGCCGGAAAAAAUGCACCCUCUUAAAGGAAUCCGCGGUGAAGGAUCAUUACGCUACCUACCCGGCGACCACAAGGGUGGAGAUGGACGUUAUACACUUUCACCCGCACUUGGUGGUGGAGAACGAGACGGGGGUGACGGUCUGGGACGUUAUGCUGGAGUUGGCGAAAUAGUACUUCCACCUCCCCCACCCUCUCCCCUUCCCAACGGGGGAGUUGGCCGAUUCUAACGUGAGAACAGCAAAGCGGAGCGCACGCACUUCACCUUCCAGACAUUCUUCCAAUCAGACAUUUGCAAGAAGCGCGGGUAUGACCAGCGCCGGCGCAUGCACCGCAAGGAUUUAUUGGGCAUUGACAGGUACGUUGGUUCUCAUAUGACCGGCGCCCCGUCGGAUUUGAAUUGGCCGAGCUGAUUUGGAGGUGGAAGCGUGUUUAUCACCUUCAACGAUAGCGACCCCAGGGACGGACGGGUAUUCGUUGGCGAAUCGUUCGAGUCGCGAAAGGGUGUCGCCGUGGGCAAGAAGUAUAGGUUUUGGAGCGCUUUUGCUUUUUGCGAGUUUCCGCUCAUGGCCGAGUGAAUGUGUGGGAGGGGAGAGGGGGAUUUGCGAUCGUGAUCGAGAGAUGAUGAUUAUUGUGGCGCUUUCUCUCUUCUUUUCUUUUUUCCUUUUUUUUUCCUUUUUUUUUCUCUGGGUGGCUUGUGAUGCUGAGGUUACUUUUUGGGCCCGUCGUUUCGGAUUUCUUUUCCUCAUGUCAUGUUUGGUGUGGGUGUUUUGUCUUUUUGUGACCCGUGUUCAGCCUAGCGAUGGAGUUUGUCUGUGAUUUUUGGUUCUGAUUUACUUGAUCUUGUAAUUUAUUGGACACACAGCCGUAGCGUACAAGUACUCUUGUAGUCUUCUUUUACCG